GUGGCAGGUUUUGACAGGAAUCGACUGCACCUAUUGUUUUUAUUUUUAAAAUAACGUCCGUUAGGCACACAUGCUUAUACUGUCUGUGUCGUUUUGAAAAUACAAAGUUCUCGUCUUGUGCCAAAAUGGCUGCUCAAAAAAGUAAAUCUGCAAUUACUGUAAAAGGAUCAGCCGAAAUUGUUGUUGAAUACUUAGAUUUUGGAAUUAACUCGAUAUUGUUUCAAAGAGGUCUUUAUCCACCUGAAGAUUUCAAAACAGUCGAAAACUAUGGCCUACCUAUUUAUAUGUCUCAAAAUAACAAAAUUAAGGAAUUUUUAUCAUCCACCUUUUGCCAACUGAAAGAGUGGUUGGUAAAAAGGCUAGUUGAUAAGAUAGCGUUAAUAGUAACGAGUGUCAAGACUCGAGAAGUUAUGGAAAGGUGGGAUUUUAACGUUCAGUACGAAGGCGACAUAGACAAUCCAAACCAGACGUCAGAUAAACCUUUGAAGCAGAUUCAGAAUGAAAUAAGAGAUGUACUGAAGCAAAUAGCAUCAUCUGUCGCAUAUUUACCGCUACUUGAUUGCCUUUGUAGCUUUGAUAUCCAGAUUUAUACGAAAAACGAUAUCGAGCUGCCUCCAGAAUGGGGUGACGCUCAGCCGGCUGAUAUUAAGAAUGCUCAGUUUGUUCGGUUACGUUCCUUCUCCACUAACAUUCAUAAAAUGGAGACUGUUGUCACGUAUAAAAGUGAAGAUUAGAUUUUAUUGAAUUGUGCUAAGUGCUCCCGUUUUAAGGGUGUAUUGAUUUUAUUUUUUUUAUCUGAUGUAUUUUAAUUAUUUGAGUACCCUUUGCUAGAUGUAAGUUUUAUGUAUGUAGCUUUUAUAACAAUUAUUACAAUGCUGA